AUGAAUUCUUCAAUGUCCCCAACAUGGUGGCUUUUCUGUGUGACACUCUUUAUGUGUACAACACCAAUAUUUGCUCGAUUUAUCGACUAUCCCCUGCAAACAAAGGCCGUGGCUCGCCAGGCUGCGACAGCCGAUGCUCCCGCCAUAACCGAAAGGCGCGAAUUCCGAAUCGAGGCGAGAUCUGCUGAGAGCAUUCCAACUUACACAAUCACAUACGCCCCGGACUCCGUAUGCGGUUACCUAUCUGGCACGGCUGAAAUACCAAUCACAUGCGAGAACAAGAAUAUAUGCCUGUGGGAAUUGGAAUACUUCAAAUUCAUCGCGUGCGAACUCAAGGGUGAGACGACCGGAAUUGCUCGGACGACAUGUCUGGCGAAAGAUAAAGCUUUGAAUGCGAGUUUGUGCCAAGAUAAUUGCAUUAGCAACACAUAUAAUCUACUCUGUACCAACGACACUGCACCGUUCUGCCGUACGUAUGCGUAUCCUUCGGGUGUAUUCGACUACAGAUGCGACUCAACUCCGGCUGGGAGGAACUUCAGUGUAGACUUCACCUUUAGCGGACAAAAGCAUCCAAAGUGGGUUCUGUCCACGAUUGCAGAUGGAGACACCGCGAUACAAUCAACAACUCCCAGUUCCACAACUGAUUCCACUUCAUCCACUUCAUCCACAGGAGAACAAGCAGCAACAAGCUCGGCAUCUACAGACCCAAAAGAGAAGAAAGGUCUCUCUAGCGGAGCCAUAGCUGGGAUUGCUAUUGCGGGAGUUGUUAUCGCUGCACUCGCUGUAGGGUUCUUUUUGUGGCGUCGACGGACACCGACACCGAUACCGCAAGGUAGUGAUGCCCAAAUGGGCUUGGUUCCUCCCAGGGACGGGCAAAACCUUCAACGGCCUGUAUCUCCGCCAAAUCAACAGCCAGAGGGUGUUCGUGGGCUUCGAGGAUGA